CCCUGUGGGUUGAACAUGGGACUGCCCCCAUCCGCAUACCUAAACGCAAAGAGCUCCAGGAAAGACACGACGCGCUCACUGAUACGCUGCUGGUAUAGUGGGCCUGGACUGGAAACAACUCUCCAUCCACGACUACAGUCAGAGAGCACCGGCACACACAUCUCCGAGAGCAUCCACCGACAUGACAGCGAAAAACCGAAACAAGAGCAGCUCCGGCGAGAAGGGCCAAGCAUCCAGCCAGGAUGACGCGUCGAAGAAAAGCCAGAAGAGCAGCAGCAACGGAGUGACUGGCCCCGGAUCCCAGGGGCCACGGUCAGGGAGCUGCCUCAAGUUUCUGGUGUCCGCUCUGUGUUACAUUGCAUUAGCAGGCGCCGUGGGGUUUGGUGCCUUUUAUGUACAGCAACAAAUUGAGGAGCUUCGCCUCAUCGGUGCCAAAAAUGAAGAGAGCGCACGGCAGAACGCAGAGCUGGGGAGCAAAAUGGACAGUGUCAUUCAACAGGUGGAGUCUCUCAAGAGUGUUGUGGAUGGACUGGACUCAGCACUGGGUGUCACACGGGUGGAGCUGGAGGGGGCAACCGCCCGGCUAAAGAGGGGUGAGGUGGAGACACGGAGGGUGGAGGAGGCCCUCCAAAAGCUCCAGAACGACCUACUCAGGGAUCUUUCAAAGGGCAUUGCAGAGGUGAAGGAGGCUCGUGAGAGGGACUUCUCCUCCCUGGAGAAAACAGUAGAGGAGCGCCUGGCUGAGCUGAGCCACUCAAUCGCAGCCAGCGUAGCAGAGUUCACUGAAGCUCAGGGGGAGGCGCAGGGCCAGCUAGCUGAUCUCAAGGCUCGUCUGGGUGACAUGGAAGACCCAGCGCUGAUCAAACAGGAACUCUCUGCCAUUGUUGAAACUGUGGCUGAAAUCAGCACAGCCAAGCAGGCUGCCGAUGCCUCAGCUGAUUCCCUCAGGGAGCAGAUAGGCACAGUGAGGGCAGAGCUCCAGACCCGCAACCAGGAAGUGGCCUCACUAUCUCAAGAAGUUGAGGCAGUGAGGACACUGGUGCAAGAAACGGUCGGGAGCCUGAGGCAGUCAGUGUCAACAGCAGAGGCUAAUGUUCAGGCUCUGAAGGACAAAGCCCUGACACUGGAGGGUGGAGUCGAACAGGCCAAUGAGGCCGUUCGUAAUGUGGAGAAAGAAGUGAAUGCUGCAGCUGCUCAGGCCCAGAAAAGGUCAGACGACCUUGAGAUCAGAGUUAAAGCAUCAGAGGACACUGGAGAGUCACUGGCAGCAUCAGUAACAGACAUCACCUCCAAGGUGGAGUCGCUGCUGGCCAAAUAUGACUCCCAUGAGAGCACCCUCGCUUCCCAGGGUCAGGCAGUGGAGAAGGCCAAGACUGGAUUGGAGCAGGAGCUAGCAGCACUGAGGAGAAGCUUGGAGGAGUACCAGUCCAACAUGGCUACCGAUGGUGAGGGCCAGGCCAAGCUAACUUCCAGAGACUCCGGCCUGGAUGAGCAGGUGGAGGACCUGGAGAAGAGGCUCGCUGCUCUGGAAGACGGUAUUAAGGCAGGCAGUGAGACGCCAAAGCAGCUGGAAAGCUUAAGAAGCAUGGUGACUAGCUUGGAGGGCAAAGCAGCCAAGAUGGAAGGCCAUGAGAAAGCUAUUUCUGACCUUCAGAAGGCUCUGCAGCAGACCACGCAGUCACUAGCAUCUUUAUCCAAAGCCCCGGGCACUCAGAAAAAGUAGGAGCGCUGAGUUAGCAACGUGACGCCACGAUUACUCAAACAUCCUGUUGCCUUACAUGGACAAUAAUCAAUCUGAAAAGGUGACCAUUACCCACUCUCCCCAUUUUCACGGAGACUCCAAAGAAGAAUUACUGUUUAGAAAGUGAUGUUUGAUGUCAUGAUGUUGCACUCUUUAUGUAGGUAGUAAGAGAAGAGGAAUAGUAGAGAUUGGGUUGGGUUAAGCAAGAAGGGCAGAGCUGGACUGCUGUUAUGUGAAUUCAAAUCAAAACUCAUACUGCACUGUAGUUUCUUUUGUUUUUUCUAAUGUUAUUGUUGUGUUAGUCUUCAUUUAAGUUUCUGUGCCAAUGCUGUUUCUUGAAACUCAAAUGCAAUAAGCUCAUUUUUGAGCAUGUCAUGGUUUACUCACUGCAUUUUUUUGUUUUGUUUUGUUUUUUACAAAAAUAAAAAGUCUGA